GAUUUAAAAAAUCUAUAGAAAAUAUGGUUGCCAUGGGUGCACCUAAGUGUUUGAAACAUAAAUAAUUUAUUUCUGUGCGUCGUGCCUGACUCAAUCAGUUAUAUGUACUUUUUGUUACUUGAACUUUACGGAUCAUUUAUAUAAUAUAUAAACACACAAGUCUAAAAUACUUUUCGUUUAAUAUUAUUAACUUACCGUAUCAGAUCACUUACCUUCUGUCGCAGCUAUGGUGGAGCUACAAGUUUUGACAGAUUUACCGUCCAGCGAGUUCUCAGUAACGACGCCUGUCACUGAGGAAGUUGGUGAGAUCGAGGAACCGUCAAACAUCUCGUCAUCUUUGCCGCAUGUUCAGCCGAUCGAAUCCGACGUGUUGCAGUCAAGUCAGACGUACAACACGGCAGAACGACAGUUUGACAUUGACGAGCUUAUAAACUGUUCGGAAAAACCAUCGGUUCACCAGGAAAAUUGUAUCCAGGGUACGGUGGAAACCUGCAGUGGCUGCAGUGGAGAUGCAGUCACAAACCCGACGGUCACCGCGAUAAUUUCCAGACACAAUGUUCUCGAUAUCGAGUUAUCUUCUGUCGCAGCCACGGUGGAGCUGCAAGUUUUGACAGAUUUUCCGUCCAGCGAGUUCUCAGUAACGACGCCUGUCACUGAGGAAGUUGGUGAGAUCGAGGAACCGUUAAAUGCUUUAAUAUUGCUGAAAAGAGAGAAAUUGUAUUACAACAAAGAAGAAAAAUGGCAGAGAUUGUAAGAAAUUGUCAAAUCAGGCUCGCGUUAGAACAAUUAGGAAUUUCAUUAUGAAGCCAUAAAUAUUAUGCAUUGUAUUUGCCAAUUUUAAGUCUAUUUAUUGGAUUAUAUCUAAUAGAAUUAAAUUUGUAAAAUAGGUAAA